UGCACUCAAUACUCUUUUAAAUUGGAAUUACCAAACAAAGCUUCUCGCGCCAUCUCAUGCCUCUCUCCUUUCUGCCCAAUUUCAAGAUUCUCAUCUUCUCCCAAAGAUGUUCAAAUCCGCUCUCUUUGGACGCAAGAAAACCACCACAAGGCCCUUCGCCGACUUCUACAAUGAUUGGUCCACCACCCUAGCCACCACCCUCCUCCCCCAGCUUCGCCGCGCCCUGUCAUCCUUUCCUGUCUCCCCCGCCGUCCUCUCCACCCAGGUCGACGCCGUGUACAAUCACUUUCACGCCUACUACACCGCCCUCGACCAGGCCGCGGCCGCAGACGUCGCCCAGUGCCUCUACCCGGAGUGGCGCAACUCCCUUGAGAAACCCUUCCUCUGGCUGGGCGACCUCCACCCUUACCUCUUCACCAACCUCCUCCGGUCGUUUCUUGAAGAUCAAGAAUCAUCCCAAGACGAAAACGACGACUUCGGAUACGACGUCACCUCCGUGAAGGAGUCCCUCUACACGUCGUGGCACGUGGCGGCGGCGUGGAGGAGCCCGUCGAAGGCUCUGACCGCGAGGAUCGAUCAGAUUGCAUGCGGGUUGCGUCUAAUGGUGCCGGCCCUUGCGGCGCGCGCGCGGCACGCGCAAGCGAAGCUGGUCAGGAACGUAGGAGCCGAAUGGGGGAGAAAGGAAGGGGUACUAAAGGCGGCGGUGGCGGAGGCGGUGGCGGCAGAGAUGGAGGAGCUGGUGGGAGUGGUGGUGGACGCCAACAGGCUGCGGAGGAGCGUUCUGGCCGACGUUCUGAGCGUGACGAGUGUAUAUCAAGCGGCGUCGUUCCUGGAAGCAGUGGCCCAAUUCUUGGUUGGGUUUCGGGAUGAGAAAUUGCUCAGAGAAUUUGAUAAGUGCGAAAAGGCUAUCACUUAAUUAUGCCAAUUAGUUGUUAAUUAGUAGUUAAAGAUUCAACAUAUGAGUGUUAGUAUUCUUUUUCUGGUUUAGAAUUUGUGAAUUAGGGCAUUAAUUUGGAUGUUAAUCAAAAGAAAAGCAUCGUCAGGUAGAUCUACAUGGUGAAAUAUCACUCUUGUUCUUCUGUGUGUGUGUGUGUGUUUUUUUUUUUUUUUGGAGAAUUAGGGGAAAUUAUGUUGGAUUCAGUUUGAAUCUGAAUCGAUUAUAUGAUAAAUGCAUUACAUUUGUCGUGCGAUUGGUGUACAAUUCCGAAAAAAUAAUUAUAACAUAGUAAAUGUUAUACACUUGUCUUAUAAUUGAUUUG